CAAUUUACAUCCCAAAUAACUACCCACGUUGUAUAUAUUUAUUAAUUUUAUAAUAAUAAAAUUUUAAUGUUUUAAAUUAGGUUUAUUUAUUAAAAAGAAAAAAGAAAUAGAAAAUGAUGCGAUUUGGAGGAAUGAAAGGAACAGUAGGAUCUCACUCUCACUCUCCGCUGAAAAACCUCCAACUCCAAUCUCCCAACAAAAUUCAGACUCACCGAGAACGAAGAACCCACAAUGGGAACACGAACCGGGUCACACCAGUUAAGCAGCGGCCUCAUGGUUUCGGGUCGACCCGAUCAUCUCCUCAAAGAACGCCAGCCUACAAUGGCCUCGCGCUCCGUUAUCUACACUGGCGGUGAUGUCAAGAAUUCCGGCGACAUUGGAAAAAUGUAUGGGAUCGAUGCUUCUAGUGACCUACCCAAACUCCAAUCCCGCCUGCAAACCGGAUCUGCUAGAUCCGGCUCCAAUUCCGGCCCACUGGGUCCGAAAUCCACGAACUCAGGACCCAUGAAUAAGAAGUCCUCCUCCUCCUCCUCCUCUUUCUCUGGGCCGAUGACGCCUAUUCAACCCACUGGCCUCAUUACUUCUGGUGCGCUGGGCGCAUGUUCGAGCCGACGGUCCGGCCAGCUAGAUGAGACAUCGGCGCCUAGCUCAUUCAAAAAGGCUGUUUAUGGCUCUGCUGUUACGAGCAUAGGGGAAGAGAUAAAAUUAGGUUUUAGGGUUUCACGGGUGGCUAUGUGGGUGUUUUUGGUUGUGGCGGUAACGGGCUUGGUCGUUGGGGCUUUUUUCAUGGCCGCCGUGAAGAAGGCGGUCAUUCUGGUGGUGGUGGUUGCGGUUUUAGUCCCUACCGUGGUGAUUUUAGUAUGGAAUUACGCGUACAGAGAGCACGGGAUUUUGGGGUUCUUGAGGAAAUGCCCUGAUGCUAAGUUUAAGGAUGCUGUUGAUGGACAGUACCUCAAGGUCACUGGGGUCGUUACUUGUGGCAGCAUACCUCUUGAAACUUCAUUUCAGAAGGUACCAAGAUGCGUAUAUGUUUCAUCCGAGCUAUAUGAAUACAGAGGUUGUGCUGGAAAGCCAGCAAAUUCUAAACACCAUUUUUUCUCUUGGGCAUGCAGUCAUUCAGAGAAGUAUGUGGCCGACUUUUAUAUAUCAGACUGUCAGUCUGGUUCAAGGGCUCUUGUAAAAACAGGCUAUGGUGCUAAAGUUGCAGCAUUUGUCAGACCAACAGUAGUCAUUGAUGUCACUAAGGGUAACAAAGGAUUAUCUCCAAAUCUUUUGAGCUGGCUUUCUGAACGAGGUUUGUCAAGUGACGACCGUUUAAUGCGCCUUAAAGAAGGUUAUAUUAAAGAAGGAAGCACCGUGAGUGUCAUGGGUGUGGUUCAACGCCAUGAUAUUGUACUCAUGAUUGUUCCGCCCACAGAGCCCGUCUCAACAGCCUGUCACUGGCGCUGUUGCCUUCUCCCCACAUACAUUCAAGGCCUUAUUUUGACGUGCGAUGAAAGUCAAAAUGGUGAUGUGAUUCCUGUAUAAAUGCAAGAAAACCUUCCGUCUCACUUAACAAGCCCCAAGUAAACAGGCAACAUGUGCCAUAAAAAAUAGAGUAUGAACAGAUUACUGUAUAUUGUUUCGUGAUCGAAGAGCAAGAUCUUGUAAAAUAUCCAUGUUCUUGGUAGAUAUAUAAGCAUCACAGAAGUGCAAGGGGAAAAAGUUCCCCCCUCAAGUAGGCAGCAUUUUGUCGUGCCAACUUAUUCAUUUAUUUUUAUUUACUUUUUGCUCUCGUUGUACAGAAGUUAUCAGGGUUGCCUUUAAGUGAUUACUCUGACUUGCAUAUA